UUCAUUGUGCUGUUUCUUGCUGUUUCUUCAGUGCUCACUAGUUGCUAGUGUUAGACUGCUACCAGUGGGUUAAGAUUAUUCUUCAGUGCUCACUAGUUGCAAGUGUGAUCAUUCUAUGAAAGUUCAAUCUGAUUUGCUACGAAUCAGUGUGUGCCGGCCGGCUACACGCAACGCUGUAUGGUCUUCUGACCGCUGAGCUAGGAAGUUGCAGACGUGAUCGGCAGUAGUUAAUUACAAAGAGUAGAAAUCAGUAUCCUAUUUUAAUUAGUGUGGUGCAUGCCACUGAAAGGAUCCUGACAUGUGGUUAGUUAUGCUUAUGAACCAAGCUGCACGUUAUGUACUGCCAUCAUAUAAAUGCCUGCCAUGUUCUUCAUCUCCCCUCCCUCUGAUUCCUCCCGCCUGUGUUUUGUUUUGUGUAUCAGAUCUGUAGAAGCUGCCGCCGCCGCCGCUGCCGCUGCCGCUGUUGCAGGUGGAACAGGAAGAAGCCCUCAUGGCUGCCGCACAUCCGAAGUGGCGAGCGCCACCCCAUUUUUUUGGGCUGCGACUUGAUGGUCAUGCUGCUGUUUUGCUCUGCUUGAUAAUUCCAAUCAGAUCAUUGUCAACACUAUCAUCAUCAGGAUCUAAUGUUGUUGAGGAUGCUGGUGCUAUGACAGAAGAUCAAGGAAGCCUCGAGAUCCGCACCACAGUUUUAGUUGAUGUUGCUAGUUUGCCACCAUGUUUUGAAUAUUUGAUGUUGUUGAUGUUGCUAGUUUGCCACCGUGCAUAUGCUAUUGGACAUGCAAACAUGUAUGUGAUGUUGUGAAUAUUUGAGCGAAUGAUUCUGUAUUUAAUAAUUUAAUAGAGAAUUUUUUUUCUGUUGAAAUGUGUAAUAUUGAAAUCUGUGAAUGAAA